UUAUAUUAAGUAGUCUGAAUAUUACUAAAAUAUUAUCAUAUAUUCAAUUGUUUUUAUCUAUCUAUAUUAAGAUUCUAGAAGAUAAGUUUGGUAAAUUAGCCACUUAAAUAUGCGAAAACAUUUCUAUUUUUUACCACCCUUGAUCGUGUGUUACAGUUAAUACGUUUUUAUAGGUUAUCUUAAUUUAUAUUAUCAAAUGUUUUUUAACAGUUAACUAUUUGUUACAGCCAAGUUUGUAAUAAUUACAUUCAUUUGAAUUGCAUAAAUUUAAAAAAUUUUACUGAAAAUCCCAACGACUUGUCAAUUGUUAAUUAUUAUUAAUUAGUUACUAUACGUCUUUAUUUUCUAAUUUCUAUUUAGUUUAUUUAAAAUAGUUUUUGUUCAAAUUUAUUACACUUAUCUUGUUUAAAAAUGAAUUCUUGUAUAAUUCCCUGUGUUCCUGAAGACCCUCAAGGUGAUAACAGAUGGAUGAGUCAACAUGAACGACAUGUAUCAGAAGCCAAAGAACGCGAACCUGAUGUUAUAUUAAUCGGUGAUUCAAUUAUACAACAAUUACAGUUACGUCCCAUAUGGAAUGAUUUAUUUGAACCGUUGCAUUGUUUGAAUUUUGGAAUUGGUGGAGAUUUAACUCAAGGAGUCUUAUGGAGAAUUCAAAAUGGCAUUCUUGAUAAUAUUAAACCAAAAGCGUGUGUUUUACAUGUUGGAACUAAUAAUUUUGGUAAUACUCCACAAGAAAUAUCGGAAGGAAUUCUUACAAUUGUUAAUGAAAUAAAAUCUAGAUUACCAGACUGUUAUAUUAUAUUAUUGGAUUUAUUACCAAGAGGUGCAAAACCUAAUCAAUUACGUGUUCGAAAUUCAAAAGUUAAUGAAAUUAUUCAUGAAAGAGUUAAACUUAUACCACGAUUAGAAGUAAUAACAGUGAACACUGGAUUAUUGCAAUCUGAUGAUACACUUAGUGCACAAGAUAUGCUGGACUAUUUACAUCCUACUGAUUCUUGCUAUCGUAAAAUUUUUGAACCUGUGCAUGAAUUAUUGUUACAUAUUCUUGGAGAAGCUAAAGAUGUUGAUAAAGAAGUAGUUGGUACUCAAUAAGUUAUGCUUAUAUUUUAUGUGCACAUCAAAUGUACUUUUUUUUUUAUUGUGAUCAUUGCAGUAUGAUAUUUUUGUACUUUUUAGCUUAAUAUCAUUGUUAAUUUGAGGGGUCUUGGAUAUUUUUGUAUUUUGUUCCUAACUUAAUCUAGACUGCUUGUGAUAAGUAUUAAAUGUAUUAAAUUAAAAAAAAAUUGAAUCACUUUCCUUAGUCAUUGAUAUAAUUAUUGUGCAACUAAAAUAAAAUAAAUAAUUUAAUUAUUACUAUUUA